CCCCAGAGCAAUGGUACUCCGUGUGGAGCUGGUCCUCGUUCUCCGCACCCUGAUAACCUUCCUGAGUCCCCAGGGAGUAUGGGCCAUCAAGGCCUCACCGCACGGCACCCUGGCUCCUCCACCGCUUCCUGGCUUGCGCUGUUCAAUUCUUGUCCGGCUUCACUGAAGCAUUCUCCACUGUGUCUGUACGUGAGCUCCUGACCCGCACACCAAAGACUGAUUUCCUCCAUUGGACACCAUGCUGGACACACGACAGUUUCAGCUCAUAACUGCAGAGCUCUGAAGGGACUGAGAUGUAGCCCCAGAUAUCCAGGACACUGAGUACUCUGCCAUGGGCUGACCACAUGGGCUCCUAUGGGCCGGCCUUCUACCAGUCUUACGAUGCUUCUGGACAGUUCACACACGAAUUCGAUGGGGAACAAAUUUUCUCUGUGGACCUGAAGAGCAAGGAGGUCGUGUGGCGUCUGCCUGAGUUUGGGGACUUCCUAUACUCGGACUUUCAGAGUGGGCUGACCAGCAUUGCCAUGAUCGGAGCUCAUCUGGACGUCUUGGUGGAACGCUCCAACCGAACCAGAGCCAUCAGUGUGCCUCCCAGGGUGACCGUCCUCCCCAAGUCUCGCGUGGAGCUGGGAAAGCCCAAUGUCCUCAUCUGCGUGGUGGAAGAUAUCUUUCCCCCUGUGAUCAGCAUCACCUGGCUGCGCAACAACCAGCCCGUCACCAAGGGAGUGACCCAGACCAGCUUCUACUCCCAGCCUAACCACAGGUUCCGGAAGUUCCACUACCUGACCUUCGUGCCCUCAGCCGAGGACGUGUAUGACUGCAGGGUAGAGCACUGGGGCCUGGACGCACCGCUCCUGCAGCACUGGGAGCCCCAGGUGCUUACCCCACCACCAGACACCACAGAGACGCUGGUCUGUGGCCUGGGCCUGGCCGUCGGCUUUGUGGGCUUCCUUCUGGGCACGGUUCUCAUCAUCACAGGUAACCACUCCUAUAAGAGAACCCCUUGAGAGAUGCCCUGUGGAUUCCCCGCAAGCUUCUGGAAGCUUCUGCAUGCUCAGCUCUAGCCUACUACAUUGCUGACCUCCAGUGGCAUCGACCUCUGUUCUACAGGUCCCUCAUUUUCUGGCCCCCUAACUCCGGGUAGAACUUGGGGGGCACAGUCUGUGACCCUCCUACCCAGUGUACCCACAGCUCUGAUUCAUCCAAACCUCUGGCAGCCGCACUAAAUUCUCUUAUGGUGUU